UAAUGUGUAGUUAUGCUAAACAAAUCUAAACAUUCAAUUCAGGAGUAUUUACAACAAUGAAUGAGUUUUAAUUCAUAUAGAAAUUAGGAACUGGUAGCUUUGGGAAUGUAAAUUUAUAUCUUCAUAAACCAACACAAAAAAAAUAUGCAAUUAAAAUUGUACAUUUUAAUAAUAUUUUAGAUGCCUGGAGAUACAAUUACUAAUUAAUAUGAAAGUGAAGGAAUAGAAAGAGAAAUUAGAGUUCAUAAAAAAUGCAAAAAUCCAAAUAUAGUUUAACUCUAUGAUUCAUUUUAUGAAAAUGAUUCUAUUUUUAUUGUUAUUGAAUAUCUUGAAAAUGGUAACUAUAUAUUAAAAUAAAAUUAGGCAAUUUAUUUGCACAUAUUUAAAAGAAUCCACCUAUGAGUGAAUAAGAAGCAUGUAAAUAUUUCGUUUAAACAUGUCUUGCAUUAUAAUAUAUGCAUUAAAAUAAUGUAUUUCAUAGAGAUAUCAAACCAGAAAAUCUUUUAUUAGAUGAAAAAUUUAAUUUGAAAGUAUGUGAUUUUGGUUGGUGUGCUGAAAAUAUACAUUAAAAGAGAAAGACUUUUUGUGGAACCUAUGAAUAUAUGGCACCUGAAAUAGUAAUGGAAAUUAUGUAUGAUUAUAAAAUUGAUUUAUGGUCAUUGGGAAUAUUGUUAUUUGAAUUACUACAUAAAUAUGCACCAUUUAAAGGAAAAGAUUUUAAAGAAAUUUCAGUUGCUAUUAAAUAAUGUUAACCCAAAAUUAAACCAUCAGUAUCAAAAGAAGCUUANCAACUUUUACUUGUGUUUUAAGAUUAUAUAUUAAAAAAGGAUCAAAUGUAUAUAUUUCUAUAGUUUUAAAUAUUUCCUUCAACAAUUAACCUUUUCGAUUAGAAAAAUGGAAUAGGUUAAUAAAGUGUUUAAUCAUUAAGAGACAAAGAAGAGUGUAUAUUUUAAAAAAUUAUGUUUUUGAUAAAAAAUAAUAAAAAAGACUGA